AUGGCAGUUUUCUGCCGAGGUUUCACUUUGCUACUCUUAAUUCACAGAGUACUAAGCGAACUUGAUACUCCACCUCUACUCGAAUCGGUGAAAACGAAGACAGACUACUACGAGAUCAAUGUAGAGAAAAUGAAAGGCAUGUGGCAUAAUGCAAUGAUUCGUGGACUUAUAAAGGCUCGAGCAAAGGAACUGUUGGCGAAUCUACCGAAAAUAGAGAAGAUCGUGUACAAUCAAUGUGUAAAAGAUGCCAAAUCUACAGUAGCCUUGGCAAAAUGUGCUGUCCGAGUUUUCGAUGCAAGGGACAACGCUAAAAUGAAAGCCGAUAAAGAGGCUGAACAAGCAAAGAAAACCAAUGCUAUUGUUACUAUCAAAGCUCAACGAAAGCCUUUUCCAGAGCCCUACGUAGGAAAAGAAAUUGGUCAAGAUAGACAUGAAAAGGAAAAACUUCCGAAGUAUCAUCUUCUGAAGGGGGAAUUCUAUCGAAAUCCUAUCAGACCCCAAAUUCGUAGCAGGCAUUUUCGCCUCUACAAACCAUUGAACCACAUAAGAGUAAGAAAGAUGAGUUCACUGAAGGACCCUGUCUUCCGAGUGUCGCCUAUCAACGAGGAGAACGUUCACAUUCUUCCGAAGUUAUACGAGCAAAUUGCUCUUCCGAUUGACAGCCGUACACCGGAAGUGAUCAACAACGCUCAGACUGCAGUUGAACAAGUGCUUGAAAUAGUGAACGCUUUCGCGAUAAUUACAACUAACCAAAGAUAUCAGCAACUUAUGUUGGAUGCCGUUCUAGACAUCAGUGGAGCUGGAGCAGUGCUUGAGGUCAGUUUCAAUCCUCAUUAUGGUUGUCUAAAGGAUCUAGUCAUCAAAAUGAAACCAGAAAUGGAUGAGCUUAAGAAUGUGAAGCUUCCACUUGUCGAGGAGCUUUCUCAGAGGGACGCCAACUGGAUGCGUGUACACAAAUCAUUCAACGAUGACCAAGCAAGAGAGUACGCUGAGAAAGGUUAUACCUUUUUGGACGAAGCCCAACUAAAUCUCAUAUACAGUGAACAAGAUCAGCUACAGACCGGACUCAACACGACAAAAUUGGGAAAUAUGUCCAAGGAAGAAAAAGUCCGAAGGUUAGAAAACGAUAUCCGAGAAAUGGCCGCUCUAGAUCGGCCGAAAUGGCCAAUGUGGGAUACUGUGCGAACAAUACGAAAACGUCAAGUGUCGGAGGGUGCAGAAACAAAGGCGAAUGGUACUGAAGCUGAAACUCAUGCAGGACACGAACAUGAGCGUAUAAAUGGUGUUUUGUACGAAACUUUCCGUCCCAUAGCCUUCACUUCUCAUGUAGCAAGAGGUGGUGCCAUGGAGGUAGCUACACUCUCGCCACAAGCCUUUAUUUCUGAAGUUGCUUAUCCGGAAGCGCUGAAGGUAUGUCGGAAAGUUUUUGAGUGCUUUGCAGAAUAA